UAAGAUGCACAUGGACCGAAACACAGGAAUAGUUGAAAUGAUUAUGGAAAAGCUUCAGGAUGAGGAUGAGGGAUCAUAUACGUUCCAGAUCCAAGAUGGGAAAGCAACCAACCAAUCUACUCUCGUUCUCAUUGGGGAUGUUUAUAAAAAACUUCAGAAAGAAGCUGAAUUCCAGAGGCAAGAAUGGAUCAGGAAACAAGGUCCUCAUUUUGCUGAACAUCUCAGCUGGGAAGUGACUGGUGAAUGCAACGUACUGUUGAAAUGCAAGGUGGCCAAUAUUAAGAAGGAAACACUUAUCGUAUGGUACAAAGAUGAGAGGGAGAUAACAGUGGAUGAAAAGCAUGACUUUAAGGAUGGUAUAUGUACUCUGCUUAUAACACAG